GUUCUGCUGUCCUAUGUGGGAAACAGGGGAGCACAGCUAUCAACAUUCCUGAAGACAAAUAGGCACACCUACAGGUUGAUGCCAGCACACCUACAGGUUGAACAUAAGAAAUGGAGAGUGCCAGGUCCUCAGCCCGGAGCUUCUGGGAGUUGCAGUUUGAUGGCAUUUCCGGGCCUGAAGGCGGUUUAGCCUGCUAUUCGGUUCCGGCUCCUAGCAGUGUGGAACUACAAGUCCCAGGAUCCUCUGAGAAAGCCGUAGUCAAGUUGCCGGUGGAAUUGGCCCAGGAUGACAGCUGGAGAAUGGAGUCAGUUAUGUCCAAGUAUGAAAACCAGAUUACUAUUUUCACUGACUACCUAGAAGAAUUCCCAGAUACAGACGAGCUGGUAUGGAUCUUGGGAAAGCAGCAUCUUCUUAAGACAGAAAAAUCUAAGCUGUUGUCUGAUAUAAGUGCUCGUCUAUGGUUUACAUACAGAAGGAAAUUUUCACCGAUUGGGGGAACAGGUCCUUCAUCUGAUGCUGGCUGGGGAUGUAUGCUACGCUGUGGACAGAUGAUGCUGGCCCAAGCCCUUAUCUGUAGACACUUGGGAAGGGAUUGGAACUGGGAGAAACAAAAAGAACAGCCCAAAGAAUACCAAAGGAUUCUGCAGUGUUUCCUAGAUAGAAAAGACUGUUGCUAUUCGAUCCAUCAGAUGGCACAAAUGGGUGUAGGAGAAGGGAAAUCAAUUGGCGAAUGGUUUGGACCAAAUACAGUCGCACAGGUGUUAAAAAAACUCGCUUUAUUUGACGAAUGGAAUUCCUUGGCUGUUUAUGUGUCAAUGGAUAACACAGUGGUCAUUGAAGACAUCAAGAAGAUGUGCUGUGUUCUUCCUGUGGGAGCCGACACAGCUGAUGAGAGCCCUCCUGCUUCUCUGACGGCCUCCAAUCAGAGUAAAGGCCCCUCUACCAUGUGCCCAGCUUGGAAACCCCUGCUGCUCAUUGUGCCCCUUCGCCUGGGCAUAAACCAAAUCAAUCCUGUGUAUAUUGAAGCAUUCAAAGAGUGUUUUAAGAUGCCACAGUCUUUAGGGGCUUUAGGAGGAAAGCCAAAUAACGCCUAUUAUUUCAUAGGAUUCUUGGGCGAUGAGCUGAUUUUCUUGGACCCUCACACAACCCAGACCUUUGUGGACACUGAAGAAAGUGGAAUUGUAGACGAUCAGACGUUCCAUUGCCUGCAGUCUCCACAGCGAAUGAGCAUCCUGAACUUGGAUCCUUCUGUGGCCUUGGGAUUUUUCUGCAAAGAAGAGAAAGACUUUGACAAUUGGUGUAGCCUUGUUCAGAAGGAAAUUCUAAAGGAGAAUUUGAGGAUGUUUGAAUUAGUUCAGAAGCAUCCAUCACAUUGGCCUCCCUUUGUACCUCCAGCCAAGCCGGAAGUGACAACCACAGGUGCAGAAUUCAUAGACUCUACUGAGCACCUGGAGGACUUUGACCUGGAGGAAGAUUUUGAGAUUCUGAGUGUGUAAGAUAGCGAGAACUCAAUGUGAAGGUCUUCUGCCUUCCAUCUGACUCCACAAGAACUUGUUACAUAAAACUUUUUGGUCAGCAAGUGCCUGAUAUGCCAACAGCAUACAAACUCAAUACCAAUUAUGACUGAGCCAAUUAUGAUUUUUCAGAAAUAAAAAAAAUCAGUGGCAACAACACUUCUCUGAAAAGAAAAAGUCAUGGCGUCUAGAAGAAAGAUUUGGAAUCCGUUGCUUCCAGCUUGUCUUACAUGGAGACAGCAAGUCUUCAGCAGCUGGAAUGGGAGCAUUUGGAAGACAGACAGCGGCUUCCAUCUUAUUGCAAGCACCAGCAGAUGAAAGAUGGUUAUACUGUUCUUCUUCAUCCUUUCAGGUGUGACCUCUUUGGGGACAAGUACUAAGAAGAAGCCUGUUUUCUUGCUCAAAUAAUAAAAUAAGUAAACCAGGGAGAAAUACUCUUGUUAAAUUAUUUGAAUGUGUACUUCACGUAAUUAUAAUUUUUACCAAAAUAUUUGUCAAAGAAAAGAUGUCAAAUGUACACCUCUUAAUUGCCUUCCAGUUUGGAAGAACCUAUUCAGUAGGCCACAGUUGCCAGCCUUACUGAUGCUUUUGUUUGAUGUCACCAUAUCCUUAAGUCAAACAAUGAUCACUUGAAUCAGAGGUGAGCAAACUUUUUCUUUAAAGGAGUAGGUAGAUAAUAUUUUAGGCUUUGUAGGCCAUGUGGCCUUUGUGCUGUAAAAACAGCCCUAGACAAUAUGCAUGUGACUGAGCAUGGCUGUAAUCUAAUAAAACUUGAUUUACAAAAGGAAGUGGAGGGCUGGCUAUGGCCUUACCAGUCGCUCACUUAGUGUUCAUUUUUGUUUGAAGGAUGAAAUAAAUUGUUUGAAUUAUA